AUGAAAAUUCUCUGUGCACAUUUUAAAUAAAGUGUCACAUUAAUUGCAUUUUAUGUUGGUUAAAAUAAUAACUCUGAUCAACAUAAGAUGAAAGUUGUCAUGGUCAGAACAAUCCUGUUUCAGCAGUAAGUCCUCUCUUCAGGGGUGCAUUUCCCUUUAAAAGUAGUAGUAUUAUAGGUAGUGCGAGGGAUGGCCCAUAAAUGGCUAUAUAAACACACAGGUAUAGCAUAAGGAUUGGCCCAUGCAGGGGCAAAGUACGCUGAACAAUACUGACACAAGAUGACAGUGCUAACAAGUAACAAAGCCACAAUCAGACUGCAGCCGGAACACUGCAGUUAAUGAGUAAUUCCAGGAAGUUCAGUAGAAGAUACUCUGCAUGGAGCAUGAAUGGACAAUGAGAAUUGUACAGCACUAGGAAUGUGCAAAGCAAUUAAAUAUAACAUCUAGCGAUUUGUCAGAAGAUUACCAUGGGGAAAAAGGUAGCCAUGGAGGAGGACCUCCCUACCACCAAAUGUCCGGACAACUCAGCUUUUAAGCAGCAGAGGAUUCCGGCUGGAAAACUUGUCCUGACCGCAGACUUCGUCCUCAGCUGUUUCUUCAUCAUCGGCGUCUUCUGUUUGGCUGUUGGAAUCAGCUGGAUUAUAGCAACAACUAACGUGACAGAGAUACGGACCAACUAUUCUGAUUAUUGCUCACAAUGUACAAAACUAAGGGAAAACUCCUCAAAUUCAGAGAAGCCAUGCAGCUGUAUUGUCACGUUCACUGUGAAAAAGGACAUUCAGGGGGAUGUCUUUAUGUACUAUGGCCUCAGCAAUUUCUUCCAGAACAGUCGCCGAUACGUCAUAUCCAGAUACUACGCCCAGUUACUUGGGAGAAAUGUGACGAAUACAGAGAGCGUGCGGACAUCUAGCUACUGUGCACCAUUUACCACUUACAGCAAUGGAACACCAAUGGCUCCCUGUGGUGCAAUUGCCAACAGCAUGUUUAAUGACACAAUAAUGCUUUUCUAUCAGCCGGAUGCCUCUUCCAGUAUCCCAGUCCCUCUGCUGAGGACAGGAAACACCUGGUGGUCUGAUAAGAAUAUGAAGUUCCGAAAUCCAGAACCAACAGGGAAUCUCGUCCAGGCAUUUGCUGGAAGUGCCAGACCUCCAUACUGGCAGAAACCAGUUUAUGAGCUUGAUCCUCUGGAACCCUCUAACAAUGGCUACCUAAACGACGACUUGAUCAACUGGAUGAGAGUGGCCGCACUCCCAAACUUCAGAAAGCUCUACAGACGCCUCUCCCGUGUACAACAGUUCUCUGAUGGCCUCCCGGCUGGCAAUUACAGCUACAUCAUUGAUUAUAAUUUUCCUGUGUCGAAGUUCGGAGGGAAAAAGCAUGUUAUCCUGACCACGUUGUCAUGGUGUGGAGGAAGUAACAUGUUUCUGGGAAUUGCGUACACCGUGACCGGAGCAGCUAUUAUACUAACAGCAUUUGUAAUGCUUGCUGUGUUCUUGAAGAAAAGGAAGCCCAAAAGAAAAUCGUUCUCAGGGAGAUAAACUUUGCAAACGCUGCAAGAAGUGAAAACACAGUUACCUUAACCAUCUCUGCUACAUAUGGGAAACAUUUUAUCUGUGCAUAGGGAAUAAGGACAAAUGAGUAGCUCUUAGUGAUGAACCACACUCUGGUAAGGGUAAUAUCACAUAGGUAUUUGUGUGUCUGUAUUUUAGCCUUAGGAACUUCUCACUUAUCCCUCUCAAUAUGUGGGAACCUUUGUGAGAGGAGCAGCACUUAUACGAGCUGUUAUGUACAGUGAGGUAGAGAAUAAGACCUGGAGGUAGUAUACAUUGUACGCUUUAUGUGCAGUGUUUCUUAGUAUUGUUCUUGUGUGUUUAGAUGGCCUGCGCUCUGUUAUCAGGAGACAGCUCCACACAGCACCUUGGCACGUCUGGAGAUGACUAAUAUGAAGAGAUGUGCUGUGCAGAACUGUCAUCGUCACAUCAGUCCCAGCUCCUGUCACCAUAUAACCAUGUCUUUCAAUAAAUACAGCUUGUAAAAUGUUUCUCCUAAAAUACUAAUUUAUCACUUAAAUGAGUCAUGAGAGCAGGGCCGGAUUAUGUUCAGGGCCCCACACAUCAGCUUUCCCAUCUGGUGAGGCAGGUCAGGAUGCAAGAGAGCUGGAUCAGUGUUGACCUCAUUCUGGUUCUGUUUCCCAGCAUGCUAAUGGAUAAAAAGUGAUGGAGCCCUGAUCCCGCAGGUGGGUGACUGAUCACUUCUACACUGCUGCAGUAAGAUCAUCUGCUAUUCUCGCUUGUGAGUGGCUGGCAGGUCACAGUGACUGUUAAUGGCAAGACUUGAUUUGACAACAGCAAUUUGGGUGUUUGAAGUUUUUUUGGUGAUUUUAUUUACAAUGCUUGAAGUGCACCCAAAAAUGUUCUCAAUGGAGGUGCAAUAGGAAAGUGCAAUAUGCAGCAUUCUAUUAUCUAUUAUUAUUAGGGUAUACUUCUCUACUCUCCAAGACCCUCCAGGGAGACUCCCAAAUUUCUAUGAGUCUCUAAGUUCCCAAAAGAGUAAGGUGGGGAGGAUAGGGAGAAUAAAGCUGGUAACUGUGGCCCGUGGGGAGAGGGCGAUAUCAACAUGACGCAGUUCUUUAAUAAUCGUAUAAUUUGACCACUAUUGGCAUGUUACAGUGAGGGGUGGGGUUAAUUAUGCAAGUAGCCCUGCCCCACCCCCAUCAGCUGAUACCUGCGUAAAGUAGGUAAGUAUGAUGUAGAGUGGAAAUGGUUGUGUACCGCUCAGCAGAGCAAGGAAAACCUCCCAAAUUCUCCCUCCCAGACCUUUAUUGCAACAAGAAAAUCUCACUCUACUAAAUGAAACCUUGUUUCUGCAUUGUUCCACCAAACUUCAUAUUGCCAAGAAUGCCUUCAGUUCCAACUCCUCCCAUUUCAGCUGUCAUCAUGUUCUGUAAGUGUAUGCACCAUCAAAGAAGAUUUUGCAUUGUGCUAAAAUACACUACCCAACAAAGAGCCAAUGUGACAUUAUCCUUAGAGGGAGAUUCAAGAAUUUUAUUUGCAGUGAUAAGUAAUGGGCAUCCAAUGGAGCAAUUCAAUUGUUGUUCCAAUCAAGCAUGACUGCCAUGGGUGCCUAUUACUUAUCACGCUUCUCACACCCAAAAGUACUAAGUUCACCUGCGUGAUAACAUGGGAACAAAUAAACUUUCUAUGUUAAAGAUACUGGAGUAACUGAUAUUUUUAUAGGAAAAAUAAUCCUGAAACUUUAAGAUUCCUUGUGUGCUUGAAACCCCUGAGAUUGGCCACUUAUCUCUGAAUACACUGAUCUGGCCAAAAAUAAAAACUGAAUUAAAUGGCAGUAAUUGUUCAGGCUCUGUUCUUUUCAUUUAACCACUACCAGCA